GAACCCGUCUCUUAACAUUCAUUUGACAUUGAUCUUAUCGCAAAAGAGCAUCACCCAACUUGCUAAGAUUGCUGGCCCUCUUUCUUGACCACGCUGACUGGCUACCACCGAUCAAUAGAACAUCGACAAACGUUGCCAUGAACUCGAAUGAGUAUUACCGAAAGGUCUUCGUGGCCUUGAUCACCUGGGAGAAUCACGACCUUCACACGGAUAUUGAUGACCUGGACGAAGAAAUGAACAAUGUGGAACAUGCUUGUAGCUUUACAUAUGGCUUUCAUGUCAAUCGGAUCAAGAUUCCCAACGCUGCAAGUACCGCACCCCCAGGCUACGGCACAUAUGAAGGUUGGCUGUCAGCAAAACUGGAGAGCUUCUAUGCUGAGAUGGAGCGGGAAAACGAAGGGCGAUGUCUUGUGAUCCUAUGGUAUGGCGGGCACGGCGGAAAAUGUGGCCCUGAAGACAAUCUUUUAGAGUGGUGGUCUGGUCCUUUUCAAGCACAGAGGGUGAUCGGAUCUCGACUCCCAUCGAGUAUCCGGCAAAUCGACACGAGCCUUAACUGGACUGAUGUCUGGGAUGAAGUCAGGCUAGGAGUUGAUCCAGACUUGGAUCACUUGUUCAUACUCGAUUGUUGUGCUGGUGACGAGUAUGGCGGGACGGGCAUAUCCAAUUUCCUACCCCCAGCAUUACUGCAGCCCAGAGCGAGGGAAGUACAACGUCCGACAUCUUACCACGUUCUGGUCGCAGCCGACAGCGAUUCGGAGGCGGCUUACUCAGGCCACGAAUCAGUCACUGUGGUGGCGACGGAUCAACUUCGAAAUGCAGUCUACUCUAGGAAUGACCGAUCAAACCCUAACGGUUUGACCAUCAAAGAACUGCACGACAUGAUCAUAAACAGCGGCCGAUGCCAUCAUGACCCCGUACGCUACGAAUUCGGCCCACUACUAGGCACGAGCACACUUCGUUGGAUUCGAGUCCCGCAAAUAGCAAUAUCUGAUGAAGAUCCCAGCGACAGCGACAGCAACAGCGAUGAAAAUGAACUGUCUCAUAAUCGCUAUGAGUGAAGGGUGCUACGACCGUGAGGGAAUAUAUGAAGAGAGUAACGAAAGUGAGGAAGUCGAGGAAGAAGAAGAGAGCGACGACGCUGAAGGUAUGAGUGAUGAAAGUGACUAAAACGCAUAUGGGGAGACCAAUGAAAGCGUGGAAAGCGAUGAAGAUAAAGAUAGUGAUGGCAAGAUGGGUGAGGUCGGGGAUAGGCAGCGCGUUGAAUAUUGAAGCGAUGGACACGGUAACGAAGAGUCUUACGAGCAUGGCUAUGAGCAAAUCAAUGGUAAAUGUGACGAAGAAACCUCCGAGCGCAACAGCGAGUAUG